AGUAAAAUCUGAAUCUGCAACAUAACCAGUAACCUUUCUCUUUCAGGUAAAUUUAGUAAUGUUUUCCUCUGAAGUAUAUUACACAGUAAGUAGCCUACUAGACUGCUGAGUUGCAUAUUUUGUAAGUGCUUUGGGGGGCUUUUAUAAGUUAUUUUGGGGUAGGCCUACAAUGAGUUAGAAUAGUAACAUAAUUCCAUAUUUUUUAUAUUUAAACAUCAUAAUAAGUGUAUUGCUGUUUGGCCCUUUUAGUCGGGGGGCCCCAGGCAGUUGCCUUUUGGUAAAGACCGACCCUGGUGUUUUUCUGCCGUGAACCACAGUGUAUUUCACCGGUGUUUGAGCGUGAGUAUGUCUGAGAGCAACUAUGUCAUGGCAGGUGUAUUGCUCAGGACCUCUUUAUAUACAGUCUAUGCUCCAGUGGGAAGUUGUUUGUACGAGCGGUUCUCAAGACCAAGUACAGUAACCCAGUCCUGAAUUGAAUACCUAUGUUUUGAAUUGAAAUUGGUGAUUUUGAUGGGUGUUUAUUCAUCCACAUGGUGAUUCCUUUAUGUUGUAGUUUGUGGGAGUGUUGUAUUGCAUUACAUUGCAGGUGUUUUUAACAUUUGUCCUUCUCCAACCAAAUAAGAUGGACAAAGCAUUUUACUUCCAAUACAAGAGAAACUGAAAGUCUUAAGUAAGGUGUUUAUUACAGUUGUUUUUCACUCCAUCACUCCAACAGGUGUUUCUGUUUUAUGUGACCACUCAAUGACUCAAUGCCUGACCUAGUUUUUGAAGAGAAAAAAUAAAUAAACCUGACAUCCCCUUAUUUGAUGUGUAGUGCUCAUGUUAACUAUUUUGUAUAUCCUGACAUUUACAGUAUCAUGUAGAAGGAUAUUAUAUCACACAUUUAACAUUUAACUUUUUUUUAUAAUUGAUUUUAUCAUAGUGAACCGAUAAUCUUUAUUUACCACACAGAUUCUUACAAUAUCAUACACUUGACACACUAUAAUAAUUGUAUGCAUAAUUUGUAAUAAGUGCUAAUGUUUUGUCAACAUUAAUUCAAAGCGUGUUGCAAAGAAGGGAUUGAAAUGUCCUGAUUACAGCCUGAUGGCAUCUUAUUUUAUGUCUUUACACAGAAAUGUGGUCAAGUUAGUCCAUUUUUUUAUGUAGCCCAAAUCACAAAGUUGCCUUUGUGCUUUAAAUAUUUUUUACAUCAUACAACUCAACCAUUUACUCAGAUAAGAUAAAAACAACCAGCAAAACACCUUCAACACUUACUAACUAACUGGGGAAAAAACAUCCAACCAUGUGACAAUUUUAAUGUAUGAUGCUCAGAAAAAUCCCCUAAUGUGUUGUGACAGUUCAACCUGAGUAUGUUAUAAAGCCAGGUGCUCUCCGUCAAUGACACAGAGGAGAGGAAUGCUCCAUCAUGUGUGAGUCUUGUGCAAUCAGAGAGUCAGUCUGGUAUCGUGCAGCAGGUUUUUUCUCUUCCUAGUAUAUGUAUGAGCUUCCAGGCCUGCCACUCUUGUAACCUGUAGUCUUCAAAGGGAUGAUGCAUGUGAAAGGGAGCUCUGGCAGCUUUUCUUCGGCCUGUUUAGCUUUUUAUUAAAACUCCCCUGCUGCCAUGUGAUCAUUUGCAGAUACUUUAGACUAAAAUGUAACUAUAAAUGAAUGAAAUCAAUAACAUUUUCCCUGGAAUAGAGCUUGAAAGAUUCACACAAAUAAUUUGAGUCAGCUUCUCAAGUAAACAAUUAGACGGUUGUGGUAUAACUGCCAACACAAUAUAAUGGAAUAACAUAUCUGACUGUUUGGCUGGUUUAUUACUGUGUAAUUAUUCUUUUCCUCCUGUUGUUGGCAGCAAAAAACAUUCCAGUUUUGCUCCUCAAAAAGCCAUUGUGCAGCAGAUAUAGUGGGUUACAGGCCAAAGAUGAUGCAACACCUCAGUUUAAGUGUGAGUCUUUACCCUCACUGGGUAGUGGCUCUGUAGAGAUGUGCGUGCCAUUUCUCAGUGACAUGUCUGUCCUCACAUGAACCUUAUACCUGUAUUUGUUCUCUAACAUAUCACCCCACAAAAGGCAAACACAUUAGCCAUCACAUCAGUAUAAUUAGCUAACUUUUAUUAUGCUACGUUCUGUAUGUUAUGAAUCAUUUCCAGGCAACUAUUGUACCAUUUGUUAUUCUUUUUUUUAAGGUCUGCUUUUUAAUGGCUACUUCACUCUUCACCAACCCUGCUAUGUCAUUAGCUCUAUUCACUCUCUCACUUUGAAUCAGUGCAUUGAAUAUAGUUGCAUAUUUAUCUUAAUUGAAUCCCAUUCAAUACUUUCCCAGUCCACGGGGGCAAGCAGAUGCUGGGAGUGUUAAUGGGCUAUUGAUUUAGUCUUGAAUCAGCUUGCUUAUGAGAUAAUGGCGACUACGUCUUAAGCAAUUCACUCCACUGACCUCCGGGGGAUUAGUCAUUCAGGAAUCUCUAGACUUCCAUCUCUGUUGCUAUAGUUUUAUUUUCUCUGUUAUUCUAAUGAGGCAUACUGUUUGGCCUCUAAAGAAAGUAUUUGUGAUUAAAGUGUGGCCGCAUAUGCAGCUGUGGGAUGCAGAUGAGAGGAGGAGAUGUUGGGUCAGCAUUCAUACAAUCAAAGUUUUGCUCCCUGUCGCUCUCACUCUCUCCCUCUGUGGUUUUCUUCCCGUUUCCCUGUGUGAGCUCUGAGUGGGAGAGUGUCUGUAUCCAUGAGGAUCAGCUGGAGGGAAUACCAAUAAGCACUGCAGGCUUCUUCCCCUCUGUGGUUCUGUUCUCUGCUGAAGGGACGGUUUUGUUCCAUCUCAAUGAGUGUGCCAGCUCAAUUGCCCUGUGUGUGUGUGUGCAUGUAUUUGGGGUGCACAGAGGCAUUGACAGAGGGAACGCUAAAAAAGUGUCACCCUAUGCACCACACACCACAGCCUCAUCAUUUUGACUCAAAGUUCCUCAGAUCACUGCAAACGCCUGUGCUUGUAGUAGUGUCUGUGUGCCUGCAUGACCUGAACCUACACUGUGAACUGAUGGUUUCACCAGAUUACAGCUGGGAUUGUGAUGCCGUCCUGUUUGCAUAAAAAAAAAGUCUGUGGCUUUAUUAAUGACCCCUCCCAUCAGGGAGGUACAGCGAGUUUAACAAGAAACAGGCUCAGUUUCUGUAUGUCCUACUUAUCUGAAACAAUAUUUAUUUCACUAAUACUGCUCAGUUCACCCGCUACACUAGAUACCCACCCAGUUCUGAAUAAUUUGUGUGCUUUCACCUCACUCCAGUUCAGCAAUGCUGAAUUGCUGCUUUGCCUGUUUCUUCUAGUGCUGCACUGGGACAUCUUUUUUGCAUGAAAAAUAUAAUCGCUAACUAGAUCAUUGAUCUAAGAAAGAGCACACUGCAGUGCAAGAUAAGCAGCAUCUGUUUCUAUCGACUCCCUCGACUUUGCCCCCAAAAUGUAGCUAGAAGAUUUGGACGGAUUUCUCAAGCAGAACAACACAAUGCUCUUCCUUGUUGGGUUAAGAUUGAGGCUAAUGCAGUUAGAACUUUAUGUUAUGCUGUCUAGCGAGGUCAGAGCAUAUUAAAUGGGUCAUGGUGUUGGACAGACGCUGUGUGCUAUGUAGGGCAGCGUGGGGGACAGGGGGCUCAAACAGGGCUGAGGUGUAAGGGAAGCACCCUGGGGGCACACUGGGCCUCCUGUAGAUCCUGUUGGUGGAGAUGAUGAUGAUUAGGAUGAUGUGCGCUACUGUGCUGUGUUUGGGAGCGUCCCCCCUUUGUUCUAUUCCUAUCCUCUUAUAGGUUUUGGUUUCUGUAGCUCUCUCUCUUUUUUGUCUACCACUUUCUGUCUGUCUGUCUUCUUCUGCUCUACUGACACACUAAUAUCAAUUGGUAAGUCAAAUAGCAGUGGGCGUAACGCCUGGCUCGUUAAUUUCACAACAUUUUCUCACAUUGAUAGUGAUAUACCAGAUUUUAAGCAUAUGAUCAGACAGAUGGGUCUUGCACAGUCCAGCUUUGAAAUCCCAAAGAAUCUCAGUCAGUCAAGUAGGAGUUCAUCCUGUGGCUCAAGGACACCCAUACACGUCACCUGGCUCCAAUACAUGAAAUUCUAUUUGAUCAAACUCUACCCUGUGUUGAAUCUGUGACCUCUCAGUUAUGGACUGUCCACCUAACUGUCAGACUUUACCGCUGCCAUCUGCCGUGUUGUUCAAGCAGCGUUUCCCCUAGUUACUGAGCUUUCACCCCUCCCGUCGUCUCCUGCCAUCCCCAAAGGCCCUUUAAUCCUGGCCCUGUUUCACCCUCCUACCUCAACCACCCCUGGAGAAUGCCUGCAUAAGUGUUUGGGAGAAACAGAGUGAAAAGUAGGGCAGCUCCUCAGUAGAUUUGGGAGGACAUUUUCAUCAGCAUGAGUCUAACUCAUUUAGCAGAGCCACUCAUCCAGAGAGACCCUCAGAUUUCUCCAGCAGUAAGUCAGCGCGGGUAGAAAUCUUGAGUAACAGCAGUAGUGGCGGUGGAAAUGGGCUUAUUACAUUUCUUAUCAAAAAAUAGUCUGAUGGCAUACUCGUUUUUAGGUUUGAAUGCGUGUAAAACAUCUGGGUUGUGUUAUUCAUGUUAUCUGCGCUGCUCUUAUGAAUCAGAUCUUAUUGUGCCAAAAGACAUCUUGUUUUAAUAAGACAAAGCUUACGCCCCUCAUUCCAGCUGUGUCAUACAAGUUUGGCUUGACAUUUAAAUAUGGAAGUUGCAUCGAUACGCUUUCCACUGCAGGCCUCAGCAGUGAUCCAUUAAUGGCACCUUGAAGCAAUAAACCUACACCACUGUGUUCUGUGUUUGGCGACUAAUGCUACAAAAGAGAAUAUUGAACAUUUCACAGUUAAGGCUGGUGGUGGGAGAGCGCCUGAGGAGCUAGCUUAGUUCCAGUAAGCUGUCUGGUCGAACAGGCAGCUCUUUGUGUUUGUUGUUUGAAAAUGAAGCAAGACUGGGUAAUAUGAGAAACCUACACACAAGCCUACAUUACACUUCCUCUUGAAGAAGGAGGAUAUUAGGCUCCUGUAUGACAAACAGGUUUGACAAAAGGACAGCUUUUGUGUGAACCCGAUUGUUUUAUCAAGCGAUAUUGCAUGCACUCUGGAAGGAGCAGGAUUGUGAUUGGGCGCAGGGCUCCUCAGGCUAUACGUCAGGCCAGUCAAUCCAUAUGCAGUAGCUCGCUCGUCAGAGUCCUGGACAGAGCAGAGGUAGGACAUGACAAAGUGUGCUUUUUUCUCCGCAGACAAAGAGUCCUGUGUUCAAGAAGGACAGAUGCCAGAGAGGGGUAAAGAGUGGGAUGAGGACAGAGGCUGAAAUACCCCAGGCAUGCUUGUAGAAAGGAGCAUGGCAUUCUCUGGUUACACACUAUACAUAAAUAAGUAUGUGAUAUGUAUGUACAGUAUAAUUAUAGGCACCAUAAUUACAAAAUAAUUACUUUAUAUACAUGUACAUACAAGACUAGAUUGUAACACGUUGAUGUUUAGCAAGUAUAUUGUUUACCAUGUUCACCAUCUUAGUUUAGCAUUUUAGCAUGCUAACAUUGGCUCCAAAGUACAGCUGAGGCUGAUGUGGAUGAUGUUAAUUUUUGCAGUUUUUGUGUUGCACAUUAUAGCGAAACCACAUUCUAGUAAUAAAUGGAGAUGUCAGAGAUGAUGCAACAAAUCCUUGCUCACCGUUUCACCCUCACGAAAACAAGUUUGACUAGUUGAUUGAGUGUAACGGUCACAAUGCAUUGCAACAGCAAGUAUACGGGAAUGUCUAAUUGGAUGACUUAAGCUCAACAGGUUUGAAAGAGGAAUAGUCCUCCUGAGUGACAAUGUGUUUUUGUUUUAUUAUUAUCUGUUACUCGGUGUGUACGUCGAGUCAUACUUAAUCACCCUAUUGUUGGUAAACCCUGUUUCACCGGACAGUCAUGAGCCGAGGAGUGUCAGUGUGUGUGGUGUGCAUAGGUAAAUUGUACAGGUACUUAGCACUUGUGCAAUAUGUAACCAUUACAUGAUGAUGUGGGAAUGCUAAGCAGGAUUCAGCCCUAAGUCUGCCUGAGUUUGCUGUGAUCUGUUUAUUUGCUUAAAACUAGCUGUGUUACAUUUGUUUAGGAUUAGUGCAGCUUUGUACAGCCCAUAGUGCUUGUUGUACAACAUUUUGUGUUAGGCUUGAUCAGCUUACAUCUCCUGUCAUUACACUGGUGUAGGACUGUCGUCAACUUGAAACUUGAAAUUAAUUGCAGUGUCAUUUACACUUGAAGUGAACUAUUGUUCUAAAAAUUAAUAAAUAAAUUCUGUCUUCACAGCUUUCGUCAGUUUCCUCUUCAUGUGAGGACCGGAGUACUGAGGGCAGUUUCCUGAGCAUCCUUGGGUCGAUGCGUCGGGGUUCCUCAGAGAACAAUCUGGACCUGGAUCUGAGCGAUGGAGGUCCUGGUCCUGCGGUGGGCUGCGAGGUCCAGCGUAGUCGUUCUUGCUUGGACAACCUCCAGCAGAAGAUACUAAAAGUCACGGAGCAGCUGAAGAUUGAGCAGACGGCCCAGGACGAGAACGUAGCCGAGUACCUGAAGCUGGUGAACAGUGCGGACAAGCUGCAAGUAGGGCGCAUCAAGCAGGUGUUUGAAAAGAAGAACCAGAAGUCAGCUCAAAACAUUGCCAAGAUGCAAAAGAAGCUGGAACAGUACCAUCGAAAGAUGAAAGACAGUGAAACGCACCACAUCCCAUCCCCUCACCCAUCUACUGUCAAACACAUUACCUUACCCAGGGAGUCUCCCAGAGAGCUGCUGAGGGAUAUGACUGGCAGCGGCCGACACCCGACCAUGGACAAGAUCAAGACCAUCGGCCCAGGUGUUUCCCUCUCCCCUCCUUUCUUCUUCAGCAAGCCUCGAGAGUUCGCCAACCUUAUCAGGAACAAGUUUGGCAGUGCUGACAACAUCGCCCACCUCAAGACCACUCUGGAUGCUUCCUCACCGCUCCCCACUGACAGUGCAGGAAAGGGGCUGAGUAGCAGCACCUCCAUGGUGGGAAAGCCCAAGUAUCCCAGUGAUGAUGAGAGCUCCUCGGGGAGCGCCUCCAUUUCAGCAGACAGUAAUGGGCAGCCAGCAGGGGGAGGAGUGUCGGCGGUGCAGGCGCAGGGCCAGGACCAACAGGCCAGGGGAGACAGCCAGAGCAAACUGGCUCUGUGCCUGGAGGAGGUGAGGGAGAUCAAAGAUGCCCAGAGCCAGCUGGAGGAGGAUAUGGAGGAAAUAAAGGCUCAGUUCAAGAGAGAGUAUGGCAUCAUCAGCCAAACACUGCAGGAAGAGAGAUACAGGUACGAGCGUUUGGAAGACCAACUAAAUGACCUGACAGAACUUCACCAAAACGAGAUGACUAAUCUAAAGCAGGAACUGGCCAGCAUCGAGGAGAGGGUGGCCUACCAGGCUCAUGAAAGGGCCAGUGACAUACAGGAGGCUCUGGAGUCGUGUCAGACGCGAGUGUCCAAGCUGGAGCUCCAGCAGCAGCAGCAGCAGACGGUCCAGCUUGAGAGCCGUGAUGCCCGGGUCCUGCUGGGAAAGAGCAUCAACAUCAUGCUGGCCAUCAUCACCGUCAUCCUGGUGUGUGUCUCCACUGCUGCCAAGUUUGCUGCUCCACUGAUGAGGAGCCGGCACCAAGUGGUAGCUACCUUCUUGGGAGUUUGUUUUUUGACCAUAUUCUGGAAGAACUGGGACCGUUUACAGUAUGCCAUAGACAGGUUGCUGGUACCUGCCUGAUGGUGAAAAUAACACUGCAGAAACAUGGACACUGUCGGUUGUCAGGAUAGGACUGUCUAAGGAUUGGUUGUACAAUCGUCACACACACACAAGAUCGCCAUGCAUUUACAGAGGUCAUGGUUUUUCAGUCAAACUGAAAUAACAUUUUUGUGAUUUCUUUCUUGUUUAGAACUUGAAUAUGUGUUGCUAACAAUUUUCAUUUAACCUUUAAAAUAAUAUUUAUAUAACAGUACAUUUUGUUACUUCUCUAAGGAUUGUUAUGGAAUCAUCACAAGACAUAAAUAGUCAAUUCAAGGAUCAAGAAGGGUGGAGAGAAGCGCUCAUGAGACUCUUGAGUACUCUUGAUUAUUUGGUCUCAUUUUGCUUCAGCUUGACGCUAACGUCUCUCAAACCGUAAAAAUUGCACGCAACAUGCACACACAAACAAAACCUCAAGCUUGAUAUCUUGUUGGCCACAGUUAUGAAAUGCUAACGUCACCCUAAGAGGAUUAGUUGGACAUUUUGGGAUAUACACUCAUUUGUUUUCUACGAAAGUUAGUUGAAAAGAUCGAUACUUUUCAUAUUUGUACAGUAAAUAUGAAGCUACUGCCAGCAGCCAGUAAGCUAAGCUUAGCAUGAACACUGAAAACAGGGGGAAACAGCUAGCAUGGCUCUGUCCAAAGGUAACAAAAUCCACCUAUCAGCACCUCUAAAGCUCACUAGUUAACAGUCAUCUAAACAUCUUGUUUGUUUAAUCUUCACAAAAACCAAAGUGUAAAAAUGACACGAAAUAGUCAGGCACAUAACCCUCAAGGUAUUGUUUUUACACUUUGUUUUUAGAGGUUCAGAGGUACUUGUAGUUGGAUGCAGGCUAGCUGUUUCCCCCUGUUUUGAGUCUUUAUGCUAAGCUAACCUAACUGGCUACUGGUUGUUUAUAUUUAGCAUACAGAUAUGAGAGUGGUAUCCAUCUUCUAAACUAACUCUCAUCAAAAAAGAUUUUCUUAAAAUGUUGGAACUGUUACUUUAAAUGAAGAAUCUACAGACUAAAACACAGAGGCAAUAGACAUCCUCUUUCUUUUUUAUGUUUGUUUUUUUCUUUUCUUUAUUCCUUAUUGUCUGCCCUCUGUGGUCAGUCAUCUCUUAAAGUUUUUCUGUUUACUGUUGCUGAUGUUUAAAGUGCAAUAUAUUUGAUUUCUACGAGCACUGUUUUUUUAAAUGUUUCUUUUAGGAGUGAACGUUUCACGUCAAUGAUUUACAGUGACAGGGUGCUGGUGCUGUGUGGGGAGGGGGUUGAGUAAGUGUCAUCUAUGUUGGCAUGAAAGAGCCAUAACCACUGAAGCCACUGGUGGGCUCUGAUAAGACCAGCUGUCUCCUCUCUCAAGGGCCAAAAAUCAAUCCCACUGCAUUACAGUGCUGAUAGUGCGGUAAUAUCAACACGCCAGCUCUCCAGUGCAGACAUCACAAAAACAAAGCAUGUCACUUGCGUAUGAUGUUUGUCUUUUACUAAUAAUGUGAUUAAGAGGCGAUGGGUUAUACUGUGAAACAAUUUUUCCAAGGAAAAAUGCAAUUCCCUUUAUUAAAGAAGCAACAAACCACCUUCAGUACUCUAAUGAUGACAGAGGAGCAUGUUACCGGCUCUAAGUGAUCAUCUAUGAGCCAAUUCUUUUGACUAAUUAAUGUGUUAUAUCAUUUUUGUCUUACAAACAUUGCCUUUGAUGAUCUCACAAGAAGCUAUGGACGUUUGUCUGCCAUAAUAACAUGUUUGUGUUAAUGUUUGUUGUCAUCUUUCUGUUGCUCUAAUGACUGUAUUAUAUUUUUUUGUUUUGACAUAUUUGAGGAAAUUUUACCUGCAGAACUACACAUCUGGUUUACAUUCUCAUUCAUCUCUGGUGCACUACGUGAUCAAUCAGUUGUAUUUUCAUGCAUUACGUGCCUUCGUCUGACACUUUCUGUUAAAUUAAACAAGGCUUUUUAAUCAA